UUCAGCUAUCUCCUUGAGAGUAUCUCCCCUCUUUGCUAUCUCCUUACACGACUGGUCGUGUCUGAACGUUUGUAAAGCCAUGCGUGUAUCGUUGCUGCUUUUGAUAUGCUCUGUGCUCGCUUCACCCAUUGCGGGGCAGCAGAUCUGGGAUAUUUGGUCUACGACCUGGGACAGGUCAAAGCUGUUCACCUAUACUAACCUUGGCCCGAACCCUAUCAACUUUGUCUCGCCUGGACCUAUUGCUUCUGCUGACAUCGUCAUCAACGAUGGCACUCAGUUUCAGCCAGUGUAUGGUUUCGGCGGUAGCCUUACUGAUUCGUCUGCAAAGCUUCUGAAUAAUUUGAAGAAUUCCAACUCCGGAACAUAUAAUGCCUUGUUGAAAUAUUUGUUUGACCCUACCGACGGUGCCAAUGCAGCCGGACUGUCUUACCUUCGCGUUCCCCUGGGUGCCAGCGAUUUUUCGGACACGGCCUAUAGCUAUGACGACGUUAGCGGGGAUACCUCGCUGAGCCAAUUCAACGUCAACAAGCAACCGUCAUAUGUCUUUUCGGUUAUCAACGACAUUCGCGCUAUCAACCCAUACCUCAAGAUCCAUGUUCUGCCAUGGUCACCUCCCGGUUGGAUGAAGGACAGUGGGACUGUCAAAGGUGGAAACUUCCUUAGCCAGUUCACCAGCCAAUUCGCACAAUACCUUCUAAAGUCCAUACAAGGUUUCCAAAGCCAUGGUAUCCCCAUAUACGCCAUCAGUCUCCAGAACGAGCCUCAAAAUAGCAACCCCUCGUAUCCCACGGCCAAGAUCGCCGUGGACCAAGAGGCCCAAAUCGGUCUUGCUUUGAGGACGCUGUUGAACAAUAAUGGCUUUUCGAGCACGAAGAUCAUUGGGUUUGAUCACAACUGGAGUGGGGCUGGGUCGUAUGCUGUUCAGCUUAUGCAACAAGCGAAUAGUGCUUUCGCUGGUGUGGCCUUCCAUUGUUACGCUGGAAGUGUGAGCAGCCAAGACACGUUCCAUAAUGCGUUCCCCGACAAAGAGAUUUACUUCACUGAGUGCUCUGGGACAAUGGGUUCGGACUGGUGGAGUGAUAUCAAGUGGAACAUGGACAACCUGUACAUUGGCUCUAUCGAGCACAAUGCUCGCGCCGCACUGGAAUGGAACAUCGCCCUCGAUGGAAAUGGUCAACCGGAACUCCCUGGUUCAAACAGCUGUGGCAAUCCGCCGUGCCGUGGUAUUGUGACUAUCAGUGGGAACAGCUACAGUCCCAACCAAGAGUUCUAUUCCAUGGCUCAAGCUUCCAAGGCUAUCCUUCCUCGUGACAAGAACGGACCGUUCGGGACCCGUAUUGGCGUUAAUGUGGGUGGGAGCUUGAAUUGGGCUCUCCGAGUAAAUGCAUGCGUCACCGGCCGCGUUAAUCCCUCAGACUGGCUCCGUUACAGUAUCGUUGUCUUGAACUGGGACGACUCUGCGAGUACCAGCUGGAACCCUCAGCCUGUGAAAACUACUAUUGAAUUCAGAGGCAUGCAGGCAACCUACACCUUCCCAGUCGGCGUCACCACACUCUGGUGGUAUGCUCCAAAGACAUCCGGAGUACAAGCCAACGCUUUCGGUAACGAUACCAUUCCUACUGUGCAUAACAUUACUGUCAGCGGGACGACCGUCUCCCCCAACCAUGGUGUCUCGCAUGCAAAUGCGACGUCCACUUCAUCUUUCAUUUCGACUUCGUUCUCGUCGAACGUUCCUUUCACUUCUGCUGCAUCAUCCACCGCAUCGAGCAAGGGCGCAAGCCCAAGUGACAUUCCGCCUAUCACAGUACCUGAUAGUGCUGAGGCGGCAGGGCAGAACAAGCAGAAGCCCUUGUUCCGAUUCCGCCGAGAUGCAUACUGAACAUGAAAACCGGAUCUGCCGCAUACGAAAAUACAAAAACACGGGAGUUACUUUUCUGGGGCUGCUCUGCUGUCGUUGUUUUAUUCGUUUUACGUUGGUCUCAUUGUAUUAACGUAAAUGAGUUACGUUCCUGACUUCACGACCUUCACGAUCCAUUUAAUGUCCACCGUCUUAUUUCGGAUGACCUAUACAUGACCAGAUAGAUGACCGAUAACCAUUGUAUUACUAGUUCACGAUUCUCAUGUCAUUCACGAGUAUAUCCAACUGUUACAUUAUAUU